AUGCUCCCCUACAAGACCAUUGAAGAGGCAGAAGUUGCACUAGACAGAGGACUAACUCUUGCUGAGACACUGUGGUUCAAAUACACUGCCAAUAAACCAGAUUUUGUUCUUCAUUGCCACAACAUUCUAUUCUUGUGCUUGUUUUACACUCUAGCCCCUAUUCCAUUUGCAUUGAUAGAGCUUAGUGGCUCCAAGAACUUCAACAAAUACAAGAUUCAGCCCUUAGUAAAGACAUCAUUCUGGGAAAUGUUCAAGUGCUACAAAAAAGUCAUGCAAACCUUUAUCAUUGCAGUUGGUCCUCUACAGAUACUUUCUUAUCCCACCAUAAAGUGGAUUGGGAUCAGAACUGAUUUGACAUUGCCAUCAGGUUGGGAAAUAUUUUGCCAAUUGUUUGUUUACUUUGUGAUUGAAGAUUUUUCCAACUAUUGGAUCCAUAGGUUACUCCAUUGUAAAUGGGCCUUUGAGAAGAUCCAUAAGGUUCAUCAUGAAUAUUCAGCACCAGUUGGGCUCGCAGCACCCUAUGCCCAUUGGGCUGAGAUUAUUUUAUUGGGUAUCCCCUCCUUUCUAGGCCCUGCAAUUGUUCCCUGUCACAUAACAACUUAUUGGCUAUGGUUCGUUUUGCGACAGCUAGAAGCCGUUGAGACCCAUAGCGGGUAUGAUUUUCCAUGGAGUCCCACAAAAUAUAUACCAUUUUAUGCAGGGGCUGCAUAUCAUGACUACCAUCACUAUGUAGGAGGAAGAAGUCAAGGCAAUUUUGCCUCAGUAUUUACCUAUUGUGACUACAUUUAUGGGACCGAUAAGGGGUACCAAUACACUAAGCAAAUGCGCAAGAACAAAUCUACUUCCACCAUGCUUGCCCAAAAUGACAAGAUGGAGUAG